UAAACUCGCAGUUCGUCAGCUGAUCUUGUUUGAGAGAGAGAGAGAGAGAGAGAGAGAGGGAGAGAGAGAGAGAGAGAGAGAGAGAGAGGGGGCUGUGCCUGUUAGCGGUGCUUCCACCCUCAAGCGCCUCGGUCACAUGAAACACCCCAUGAUAAUAUUUAUCUGCACGGGUCUGGCGGAAAGUGAAUAUCAAUCGUGCAAUAUAUAUAUUUUAAGUUUUACUGCAAAACAGUAAGAGCAUUAUUGCAACCCGGCGGCGCAGAUCAUUCGCUGUGUUAGUCCGUGCAUGCAGAGCAGCGGUGCAGUUUGAUUUCAUACGGAGACUCAUAUUGUCGUGCACGCCCGGGAGCCCGGUCUCUGUGCACCAAGGAGCUGUGGACCCCCAGCGUCAUGUCGACCGAGAGCUCCCCCCUGCUGAAUUACCGGCUCUUCAGCGUCACGGGGGAGGUGUCUGUGGAGGAGGGGGCGGGGCCUGGGGCGCAGGGGGAGGACCCGGUGUGUCGUGUGGCCCCGUCCCCAGAGCAGCGGCGCGGGCUCAACACGUUUUUCGGGGUGGUCGUGCCCACUGUCCUGUCCAUGUUCAGCAUCGUGGUCUUCAUGAGGAUCGGCUUUGUGAUUGGCCACGCUGGUUUCCUCCAGGCCUUGCUGAUGCUGGUGGUCGCUUACAUCAUCAUCACCUUGACGAUCCUCUCUGUGUGUGCCAUCUCCACCAAUGGGGCGGUGCAGGGGGGCGGAGCCUACUUCAUGAUCAGUAGAACCCUGGGCCCUGAAUUCGGAGGCAGCAUUGGCCUCAUGUUUUACCUGGCUAACGUUUGUGCCUGUGGAGUCUACAUCCUGGGACUUGUGGAAGCAAUCCUGGAUGUGUUCGGGAAGAUAUCAGGGGCCCCCGGCCCCCCUGGGCUCCACGCUCUCCCGCAGGGUUACUGGUUCAGCCUGCUGUACGCGACUGGGCUCCUGCUGCUGUGCUUGCUGGUGUGUCUGGUGGGGGCGGAGAUCUACUCCAAGGCCUCCUUUCUGAUCUUCCUGGUGGUGACCAUCGUCCUCCUCACCAUCUUCGUCAGUUUCUUUGCCGUGGCACCGCAGGACUUUUCCAUCGCGCACCAGGACGGGAGCAACGUGACCUACAGCGGCCACUUCACGGGGUUUAAUGAGAGCACGCUGAGGGGCAACCUGUACGAGCAGUACUCCAGGGACUACACCACGAACAGCAUGAUGACCUUCGCCACUGUCUUCGCCAUCCUGUUCAACGGCUGCACGGGCAUCAUGGCGGGCUCCAACAUGUCGGGAGAGCUGAGGGACCCCAGCGUGUCCAUUCCCAAAGGCACCAUCAUCGCUGUCGUCUACACCUUCUUCAUCUACCUGCUCCUCUUCUUCAUGGUCAGCUUCACCUGCGACAGGGUUCUGCUCCUGCAGGAUAACGGGUUUUUCCGCCGGAUCAACGUGUGGCCCCCCUUCGUGACGAUUGGGAUCUACUCCACCUCUCUCUCAGCCUCCAUGAGCUCACUGAUCGGAGCGUCCCGCAUCCUGCACGCCCUGGCCAAGGACGAGCUGUUCGGCAUCGUCACGGCUCCAGCGAAGAUCACCUCCAAGUCGGGGAACCCCUGGGUGGCAGUGCUGUAUACCUGGGCUCUCGUUCAGUUGGUCCUGUUUGCUGGGAAGUUGAACACCAUCGCUGGGAUCGUGACCGUGUUCUACCUCAUGGCCUAUGCGGCUAUCGAUCUCGCCUGCCUGGCGCUAGAGUGGGCAUCGGCCCCCAACUUCAGGCCCACGUUCCGGUUCUUCAGCUGGCACACCUGCGUCCUGGGACUGGUGAGCUGCUUCGUCAUGAUGUUCCUGAUCAACGCUGUGUACACCUCGGCCAGCAUCGUGCUCAUGCUUCUGCUCCUGGUCUUCAUCCACUACCGGGCACCCACCAGCAGCUGGGGCUACAUCAGCCAGGCCCUCAUCUUCCAUCAGGUCAGGAAGUACCUGCUGCUUCUCGACAUCCGGAAGGAGCACGUCAAGUUCUGGAGACCCCAGAUCCUGCUCAUGGUUGGCAACCCCCGUGCCAGCUGCCAGCUCAUCAAGUUCAUCAACGACCUGAAGAAGGGAGGGCUGUACGUGCUGGGGCACGUGGAGAUUGGAGACCUGGACAAUGCGCCCUGGGACCCCGUCCAGCCGCAGUAUAACUUCUGGCUCAGCCUGGUGGAUAAGCUCAACGUGAAGGCCUUCGUGGACCUGACCCUGUCCCAUUCUGUGAGGCAGGGCGCCCAGCACCUCCUGCACAUCACAGGGCUGGGCGGAAUGAAGCCCAACACUCUGGUCCUGGGUUUCUAUGACAGCUGCACCCCUGAAGACUAUUUCCUGCAGGACCCUGCCUUCCGCGACGGGCUGGAGAACGACCACUUCGGGGUGGACAACAGCACCCUGCAGGCCCACUUCCCUCCCGUGCGGGACAGGGAGGGCAGCAAGGCGCUGGGACCCUCUGAGUACGUGUCCCUCAUCUCAGACGCCCUGAAAAUGGGCAAGAACGUCUGCCUGGGGCGGUACUUCCACCUCCUGGAGAAAGGGGAGCUGUUCGCGAAGGGGCAGAGCCAGGGGGGUGGGGUGGCCAUAGACGUGUGGCCCUUGAACCUCCUGAGACCGGACAGCGCCAGCUACGUGGAUGUCUGCAGCCUCUUCCUGCUGCAGAUGGCCUGCAUCCUCAACAUGGUUCCAUCCUGGCGGGCCGCCCAGCUCCGGAUCUUCUUGUGCGUGGAAUCGGGAGACGACAGCUGGGUCAGGAAGGAGGCGAAGCUGAGAGAGCUGCUGGGGAAACUCCGGAUCAAAGCCACCAUCAAAAUAGUGGCCUGGGACGCUGUGGCCGCCCUCCACUGGCACAAUCAGCCCAGGGCGGCCACGCCCGGCCACGCCAACGGGGAAGCUGAGCGGUCGCUUGCCGACGCCCCCACCGCUGCCAGCGCCACCAAUCUGGGCCGGGUCUCGGAGGAGUACCUGGCUGCAGUUAACCAGCUGGUCAGGGAUCAGGCUGUCAACACGGCCGUCAGCUUCCUGUAUCUGCCCAGGCCCCCGGCUGACACGGCCCAGUACGACAGGUACCUGGAGCAGCUGGACAGGGUGACCCAGGAUCUGGGUCCGAGCCUGCUGAUCCACGGGCUCACCCCAGUGACCUGUACCGAGCUGUGAUCCCCUCGCGGGGGCGACUUGCCUGUUCUGAGAACCCCGAGCCAGUUCUGAGGUUCUGAGAACCCCGAGCCAGUUCUGAGAACCCCGAGCCAGUUCUGAGGUUCUGAGAACCCCGAGCCAGUUCUGAGAACACCGAGCCAGUUCUGAGGUUCUGAGAACCCCGAGCCAGUUCUGAGGUUCUGUUCCAGUUCUAAAAGGCUGCAUUGUCUACCAGGUUCAGUCUGGGUAUGGACAGCAGCGUGCAAAUCUAGCAGCUCAAGAUGUGUCGCUGAUCUCCUUUAAAUACCUGGCAGCUGUGUUUUUUUUUGUUUUGUUUUGUUUUUUUGGAUGUUUUGUGAACAAAAAAUGCUAUAAUAUAUUAAGCUAGGAACCCUGCCCCCAGAGUAGAGAAAGUAGUAAGAAUCGUUUGCAAACCAUGUUAACAAUCGCUUAUAUAAUAUUCAGAUGCAUUCCCUGCGCUUUGACGUGUGCAUUAAUUAUAUGAAAUCUAAAGAAAACUGUAUAUUUAACUAGACUGCAGCUGGCGGGCUUGUUAUUAUUUAUGUUAACCUGACUUUUUUUAUGGGAAAUCUGCUUACAGGCAGGAUUGCGGACUGCAGAUUAAUCUGUCUCAUUUUGAUACUGGGAACCGGUCCAGGUUGCGUUUUAUAGAAAGGUCAAAAAGGAGCGACUUGAAGUGAGCGUGACCCGCAGCACAGGAAGUGACACGGUACCAGGAAGCAGCUGCAGCCGGAAUUAGAGGCCGGUAAACGUUCUGUUGUUAUUUCAUUCGCUGAAUUCUCUCUGUCGCUUCAAUGCUCUCAACCUGCCUCAGCGUGAAGACUUCAACACAAAAAAGGCAGGUUUUCUUAACUGCUCCCUGACACAGGAAGCGCUUCUCCCUCGUACUGCAACUCCGGGCCGGCCAGUCACGCUCCUGGGGGGACCGGCAUUCCAUUCCAGGUUUUCCAGCUAAAAAUAAGAUCACGAUUUAUAGAACAUGGUUUGGAACAGAGACUGGAGCGGAAGGGUCAACUGUUUUUGUUUCUGUAAUUUUUGCAUUAUUAUUAUUAUUAUUAUUAUUAUUAUUAUUAUUAUUAAUAUUGUUAUUAUUAUUGAUAUUUUUGUUAAUAGUAUUAAUGUACUUAUUGCUGGUAAACCUAAGAAUGACUUGCAUUGUAAGAUGAAUUGUAUUUCCUUAACUGCAGAAGAAUUCCACAUUUUUGAACAGCAACACUUUCUCUUAGUCUCAAGCAAGUGUCAUAAUGUAUAUAUAAAUACAAAUUUGGAAAAACUAACUCAAUAAAAGCCAUUUCAAAACUU